AUGAGUUGGAACUCCAUUUUAGCGGCAUUGUCCGCCAUUUUGGUGCUAACUGCGAGUGAAACCAUCAGCGAUCAGUGCGAGAUCCAAGAAGAGACCACCGUCAGGUGUAGCUGUGUCGGGAACGAGGAAUUUUUCCUUCCAGACAACUACAACUAUGAAAACGUCACCAGCGUCUUUGUAUCGAGCUGCACCUCCGGGAACAUGCAUUUUUCCAGUUUGACGGAAGCAAAAGGUCUUCGGGAGCUGGUGAUCCAAAACAUAAGUGGCACCUUAAUAUUCGAGCCCUUUCUGACGACGAGAAACCUCACCAAACUUCAGCUAUUGAACAUUGGAAGAAUCCCUGUUGUCUCUCACGAUACGUUUACAAGCUUGACUAGCUUACAGGUCUUCCACGCAGAGAACAUUGCGAUCGGCCAUUUCGAGGAGCAAUUUCUGGGAGUCGUCGUGUCAGCGCUGAUUUUUCAAAACGUGACCGUAGGUCGUAUGGAUGGCUUGAAUCUCUCCGAAAGAGGUAAAGUGCUUCAACUAGUCGAUUGCGACUUCGGGAAAGUGGAGACCACGCUAAACUUCGCCUUUUUCGCGGACAUUGCGAUCCUAGGCUCAAAAUUCGAGCUUCAGAGACCAAGUCAUGUGUCGAUCGAAGGAACCACCGCACUUGUGGAGGACAGCGUUUUUUUGAACGUCAGCUUGAACCUCGUCGCAUUUAACCAAAUUACUAUACGCGGAAUUUGUGCCGAUGGGAAAAGUUCUCUUAGAUUAUCUUCGAAUAGUAUCGAAAGCCUUGAAAAUCGAUUGCCAACAGAGAUUAUAUAUACAAAAAGUCAAGGCCCCAACGACAGAGGAUUGUUGUUAAGCAGAAACAAUACCGUGUGCAUAGCUGGAAACUGUAAAUGCUUGAAAAGCGAAGGAAACGUUUUCCAUCUACAUCGGAUAGCAGUGUGCGCGGUUCUUUUGCUAUUCUACAAGGUAAUGCUUCCCUAA